AUGGCUCGCAUAUUUAUCACCGGUUCAAGUGACGGAAUCGGCCAAGCCACAGCCAAAAUCCUCGCGUCUCAGGGCCAUUCAGUGGUUCUUCACGCUCGGAACGCGGCCCGCGCCGCCUCGACUCGGCAGGCUGUUCCCACGGCGGAAGCCGUACUAGUGGGAGACUUGCGAUCAAUCUCUGAGGUAAAGAGACUUGCGGAAGAAGCCAACGCCUUGAGAUCAGAACCCUUCGAUGCGAUUAUUCACAACGCAGGCAUUGGGUACGGUGCCACUUCCAGCCGGGAGAUCACGGCCGAUAAGCUCUCCGCGGUGUUCGCGGUCAACACACUGGCGCCCCAUUAUGGCGGGGAUGAAACCCUACGCAAUGUAACGCAGUCCCAUUCGUAUGGGGAUAGCAAGCUACACGACGUGAUGCUUGCCAACGCCUUUGCACGACGGUGGGGUCACGAUAUCCAGGUGGUGAGCAUGCAUCCCGGCUGGGUGCGAACCAAGAUGGGAGGUUCUAUGGCUCCAGAGGGGAUGGAUGAACCGGCACACGCUCUGGCAGAGUGGGCGACUGGACAGGGUCACUUGGCGAGCCUGCCGAGCGGAACAUUCUUCACAACCAAAGGCGCGGCGUCGACGCAUCCUGGGGCUGGCAACGUGGCGAAACAGGAGGAACUAUUGAGGGUUUGCAAAGAAGUCUCUGGGGUGGCGGUUCCAGGCGAGUAG